AUGCACCUCGAAACAAUCCAAGCCCCCAUCACAACCACCAUAGCUCGCCAAUCCCACGCAUUGGCGAUGGCCUCGACGAAUUGCUGGAAGUGCCUGAUCAGGCCUUCCUCCUCAGCAUCUCCAUAUGCCCUCUCCAGUGCUCAACGGGUGGCCGCCUUCUCCACGGCGACCGCCGUCCUCGCUCGCGCACAGGCAAACUCAAAGCAGUCGAAGGUGCGCAACAUGACCUUCAAGGUAAAGGGCGCUGCGCGGUCAUUGAGGAUUAAGAAAAAGGCCCCCGUGAAGGUUGGACGCUCCCCAGCUCCCGGAGAGAGAAAGGCGAUGCGGAAGCGAAUCGUGCUGAGCAACACCAAUGCGCUUGAAGUUGAGGGACUCCAGGAGCUCAGCCCGGAGACAAUGGUGGAUGCCGCGAUGGUGGGCAAGGUGGUGACAAUCCCCGGACCAGUUAUCGAUCGAUUGAGAGUCGUGGAGGCGUUCAAGAACAACCAGUCAUGGGAUCUGUUUCGAUCACCCAGCAUACUUGUCCGAGACGAGACCGUCACCCUCGCUAAGAAGCUGCUCGACGCCGCAGCCACAAAGAAAACCGGCUCCAUAAUCCUCUCCGGCGCCCGAGCAACCGGAAAGAGCAUGCUUCUCCUCCAAGCUAUAGCCACAGCCUUCACCAAAGGCUGGCUCGUCAUCAGCAUCCCCGACGCCAAAGAGCUCGCCACAGCCGUAACAGCCUACACCCCCCUCCCCGGCACUACUUCCCUCCAAUUCUCCCAAAACGUCUACACCUCCACCCUCCUCGCCCAAAUCGCCAAAGCGAACGACGCCCUCCUCUCCGCCCACACCGUCAAGCAGACACACACUCUCCCCCUCCCCAUCCCGCCCAACAGCACCCUCACGCGCCUCGCCGAGCUAGGCGCUCGCGAUCCCGAAGCCGCGUGGCCCAUUUUCCAGGCCCUCUGGAAGGAGAUCACGGCCGAGGGUUACCCGCCUAUCCUGCUUGCCGCUGAUGGGCUGAAUCAUAUGAUGACUGUGUCGGCGUAUCGGGCGCCGGAUUUUAGUCGGGUGCAUGCUCAUGACUUGGUACUGAUUAAGCAUUUCGUGGAUCACAUCUCUGGGGCGAAGAGCCUGCCGAACGGUGGCGCGGUGGUGGCUGCUACGACGACGGGGAAUAUCCCCAAGACGGAGGCGAUGAACCUAGCGUUCCAACAGAUCCAAGAGAAGGCUGCCGGGGAGCAGGUUACAGCUCCCUCGCCGUGGGUAGAGACUGAUUGGCGGGUGAUGGAGAGUUUGAAGAAAGUGGAUCUUAUGCAGUUGAAGGGACUGACGAAGGCGGAGGCGAGGGGAUUGAUGGAGUAUUGGGCUGCGAGUGGGAUGCUGAGACAGGCGGUUGAUGAGAGGACUGUUACGGAGAAGUGGGCGUUGGCGGGUAAUGGGGUAGUUGGGGAGAUUGCGAGGGAGGCGCUGAAGAUGCAUAUUGUAGCAUAGAAGGGAAGCACAGAAGGGGAGGGAGAGAUGGAUGUAUUUUGGUGUAAAUUAGAACCUGUAUUGUAAAUGUUAAGACGCCGAUUUUUCCACCUGGAUGAUGAUUCUAGGUGCGGCUAGAGC